CGUGCGUCCCUCCCCGCGACCCCGCGGCCAGGCGCUCGGGGGCUCCAUGACCCGAGACACUCUGGUGUCCGCGCCCCGCCCCGAGCGGCCUGCCCCGUUCUGCCGUCCCUCAGACCCCGCAGCUUGGGCCGGCGACCACGUAUUACCAUGGUGACUGUGGGCAACUACUGCGAGGCCGAAGGGCCCGUGGGUCUGGUCUGGACGCAGAACGGCCUGAGUCCCUGCUGCUUCUUCACGCUCGUGCCCUCGACGCUGACGGCCCUGGGGGCUCUGGCCUUGGUGCUGGCCUUACCCUGCAAGCGUCGGGAGCGGCCCGCUGGCGCUGAGACGCUGUCUUGGGGGGCCGGCCCUUGCGUCGCUCUCUACGGGGUGCAGCUCGUUUUGGCCGCACUUCAGGUGGCGCUGCCCCUAGCUGGACUGGCCGGCCGGGUGGGUACCGCCCGAGGGGCCCCGCUGCCAGGCUAUCUACUGCUGGCCUCCGUCCUGGGGACUCUGACCAGCGCCUGUGGCCUGGGGCUGCUCAUAGUGGAGCGGAGCCAGGCACGGCAGAGGCUAGCGAUGGGUGUCUGGAUGAAGCUCAGUCACAGCCCGGGACUCCUGCUUCUCUGGACUGUGACAUUUGCGGCUGAGAACUUGGCCCUGGUGUCCUGGAACAGCCCACAGUGGUGGUGGGCGAGGACGGACUUGGGCCAGCAGGUCCAGUUUAGCCUCUGGGUGCUUCGGUAUGUGGUCUCUGGAGGGCUAUUUGUCCUGGGGUUCUGGGCCCCUGGACUUCGUCCCCAGUCCUACACCUUGCAGGUCAACGGAGAGGAUGGAGAUGUAGAGAGAAGCCAGAUUAGGUCAGCAGAGUGGGCACCACGGUCUACCUGGAGAGACCUUGGCAGGAAGCUCCGCCUACUGAGUGGCUACCUGUGGCCUCGGGGGAGUCCAGUGCUGCAGUUGGUUGUGCUCUUCUGUCUGGGGCUCAUGGGACUAGACCGGGGACUGAACGUGUUGGUCCCCAUCCUCUAUAGGGACAUUGUGAACUUGCUGACUGAGAAGGCACCUUGGAGCUCCCUGGCCCAGACUGUUACCACCUAUGUCUUCCUCAAGUUCCUUCAGGGGGGUGGCACUGGCAGUACAGGCUUCGUGAGCAACCUGCGCACGUUCCUGUGGAUCCGCGUGCAGCAGUUCACCUCGCGAAGGAUGGAGCUGCGCCUCUUCUCCCACUUGCAUGAGCUCUCACUGCGCUGGCACCUGGGACGCCGCACUGGGGAGGUGCUACGGAUCGUGGACCGGGGCACGUCCAGUGUCACAGGGCUGCUCAGCUACCUGGUGUUCAACGUCAUCCCCACGCUGGCCGACAUCAUCAUUGGCAUCAUCUACUUCAGCAUGUUCUUCAAUGCCUGGUUUGGCCUCAUUGUGUUCCUGUGCAUGAGUCUUUAUCUCACCCUGACCAUUGUAGUCACAGAGUGGAGAACCAAGUUUCGCCGUGCAAUGAACACCCAGGAGAACGCUACCCGGGCACGAGCAGUGGACUCUCUGAUAAACUUUGAGACGGUGAAGUAUUACAAUGCAGAGGGAUAUGAAGUGGAACGCUAUCGAGAGGCCAUCAUCAAGUAUCAGGAUUUGGAGUGGAAGUCAAACGCUUCACUUGUGUUACUAAAUCAGACCCAGAAUGUGGUGAUUGGACUCGGGCUCCUUGCUGGCUCCCUGCUUUGUGCUUACUUUGUCAGUGAGCAGAAGCUGCAGGUUGGGGAUUUCGUGCUUUUUGGCACUUACAUCAUCCAGCUGUACAUGCCCCUCAACUGGUUUGGCACCUACUACAGGAUGAUCCAGACCAACUUCAUCGACAUGGAGAACAUGUUUGACCUGUUGAAAGAGGAGACAGAGGUGAAAGACCUUCCUGGAGCAGGGCCCCUUCGCUUUCAGCGGGGCCAGAUUGAGUUUGAGAACGUGCACUUCAGCUAUGGUGAUGGGCGGGAGACCCUACAGGACGUGUCCUUCACUGUGAUGCCUGGACAGACUCUGGCCCUGGUAGGCCCAUCUGGGGCCGGGAAGAGCACAGUUUUGCGCUUGCUGUUUCGCUUCUAUGACAUCAGCUCUGGCUGCAUCCGAAUAGAUGGGCAGGACAUUUCCCAGGUGACCCAGAUCUCUCUUCGGUCUCACAUUGGAGUCGUGCCCCAGGACACUGUCCUCUUCAAUGACACUAUCGCCAACAAUAUCCGCUAUGGCCGUAUCACAGCUAGCAAUGAUGAGGUGGAGGCCGCUGCUCAGGCCGCAGGCAUCCAUGAUUCCAUCCUGAAUUUCCCUGAAGGGUACGAGACUCAGGUGGGAGAGCGGGGCCUGAAGCUGAGCGGUGGGGAGAAGCAGCGUGUUGCCAUCGCUCGCACCAUCCUCAAGGCUCCUGACAUCAUUCUGCUGGACGAGGCGACAUCAGCACUGGAUACAUCAAAUGAGAGGGCCAUCCAGGCCUCUCUGGCCAAAGUCUGCGCCAACCGCACCACUAUUGUUGUGGCACACAGGCUUUCAACUGUGGUUAAUGCUGACCAGAUCCUUGUCAUCAAGGAUGGCUGCAUCGUGGAGAGAGGACGGCAUGAGGCUCUGCUAUCCCGAGGUGGGGUGUAUGCUGAUAUGUGGCAGCUGCAGCAGCAGGGACAGGAAGAAGUCUCAGAAGACACCAAGCCCCAGACCAUGGCACGGUGACAAAAGUUGUGGUCACUUCGCUGCUAGCUUAGAGGGAAAUAACAUAGAUCCCUUUUCCCUGGCAUAUCUCAUCCUGGCCUUGGGGCAUGGUGCUAGCUAGAGUGAGGCAAAGGGGCCUUUCAGAAAAAGCCUUCCUUAGAUAAAUAAAAGUGUGGACUGUGUUGUGA